AUGACGUUAAUGAAUGGAAAUGAGAACUCAGCAUCUUAUGACAACUGCACAAAGCCAGCCCAGGUGCAAGCUAUAAUAGGAGAGACAUACUCAACAGUGUCUAUGGCUAUAGCAAAGAGUAUAGGACCUUCCAACAUUCCAUUAUUUCUAGAACACCUCAGAAAGGUGCAUUUCAAAACCAAAGAAGGUGAAGAAGUUUAUUUUGAUCUAAAUGGUGACCCGCCUGCAAAAUAUGAGAUAAUAAACUGGCAAAUAAAUAAAGAUCAUCAAAAUGAAUUUGUCACUGUUGGACUUUAUGAAUCCUCUUUACCUGCUCAUAGUCGAUUAGCAGUAAAUAUGGCCUCGAUUGUGUGGGCACAGAAUAAAACUGAGAUACCAAUAUCAGUAUGCCAUAAGAGCUGUCCUCCUGGCACUAGAAAAGCUGUACAGAAAGGAAAACCCAUCUGCUGCUUUGACUGUAUCCCAUGUGCUGCAGGAGAGAUCAGUAAUAUUACAGAUUCAAUUGAAUGUGAACAAUGUCAGCAUGAUUAUUGGUCAAAUGAACACAAGGAUAAAUGUGUAAAGAAGGAAAUUGAAUAUUUAUCCUAUGAGGAGACUAUGGGAAUUUUGCUGACAGCAGUGUCUAUUUUUGGUGCAUUUAUGACAGUGGUAAUAGCAAUAAUAUUCUUAAGAUAUAAAGAUACACCAAUAGUCAAAGCAAAUAACUCUGAACUCAGCUUUCUCUUGCUCUUCUCUCUGGCUCUAUGUUUCCUGUGUUCACUUACUUUCAUUGGGCAACCUUCUGAGUGGUCCUGUAUGCUGCGUCACACAGCAUUUGGAAUCACCUUCGUUCUCUGCAUUUCCUGUGUUCUGGGAAAAACAAUAGUAGUCUUAAUGGCUUUCAGGGCUACACUUCCAGGCAGUGAUGUCAUGAAAUGGUUUGGGCCUCCACAACAGAGACUCAGUGUACUUGUGUUCACUCUCAUACAGGUCCUUAUUUGUGUGCUGUGGUUAACAAUUUCCCCUCCUUUCCCUUUUAAAAAUCUAAAGCACUACAAAGACAAGAUCAUUCUAGAAUGUCAUUUAGGCUCAGACUUCGGUUUCUGGGCUGUACUGGGUUAUAUAGGAUUCUUAGCCCUUUUGUGUUUUGUUUUGGCUUUUCUGGCUCGGAAGUUGCCUGAUAAUUUUAAUGAAGCUAAGUUCAUUACAUUCAGUAUGCUAAUGUUCUCUGCAGUCUGGAUCACUUUUAUUCCAGCUUAUGUCAGUUCACCUGGAAAAUUUACUGUGGCUGUGGAGAUAUUUGCAAUUUUAGCCUCCAGCUUUGGUUUGCUGUUCUGCAUCUUUAUUCCAAAAUGUUAUGUAAUUAUGUUGCAGCCAGAGAAAAACACUAAAAAGCAAAUUAUGGGAAAAGUCAAGUGA